UUGUUUUGUACGAAAUUUUUCCACACCGACCGCUACUAGCAGAGCAAAGCCAGAGCGAGUCACCACUCAGUAGAUCGUGAGUGUUUCAAUGCGUCGGACGUGCAUCGAAGUGUCGCGUUACGCCAUUCCCGGCUCUCGGAACAAGAAUCGCUAGCCCACCAAAAAACGAAAUAAAAAGAAAAGAUAAAUCAUCAUCCAGCAGCCGCAUCGGUAGGCAUCACAAAGUUUCGAAAGGGUCUACCAUUACCAACGCCUUCGACCAGCUGCCACGCGUUACACAGUUCCUCCAGGGAGGGGAAAAGGAACGAAGGCCCCCAAACAAGUGUAACGUGUUUCGAUGUGGCAUGAAAACGCAAGCAAAAAAUAGUUGAAUUUCACGCAUUAAGACUACACUGUGCCCGAGAGUGUGUUCGUGUUUUGCACAUUUUUUCUACUUCGUGCCUGUGUGUUUGUUUCCGUGAGCCGUGUUUUCCACCACCACCAGCUGAGGGUUGCAAUUAAAUUAUUAUUUUUUUGGUGUGUGUGUGUGUGUCGUUGUUCGUGAUAGAAACGUGUGUACCCGCGGCAGCCAGCUCAACUCCGGAAGCAGGAAGUGUUUGAUUUGUGUACGGUGCGUGUGUGCCUGCAUGCGUGCGUGCGUGAAAGGCGUGAAGUUUCGUGCCACGUUAACGAGGUCUAGCUGUGUGUUUGGGUGCUUCUGUGUGCGUGCGUGUGUGUUUGCAACAGGGAAUGUGGCAUUUAGUGUUGUGUGCGGUCGAGCACUAGUGAAAUAGAUUUCCACGACACGACGCAAGCUGCCAGGAGGCGUUGUGAAAGUUUGUAAAAAGUUGGUUCGUCGCGAAGUGUGUGUGCGUGUGUGUGUGCGUGGAGUUCAUCGGCAAGUGGGUGCCUCAGCAAUAGUUCAUCGCCAGCGUGCAAGGAAGCGACCGCAGCGUCGAUUGGCGGCUGAUCAAAAUCGCGAGAGUAACGUCCACGUGCCAGUGAACGAAGAGAACCCCCAACAGACAACUGCAAACGAUACGGCAGUAGAGCUUGACUCGUUGACCUCUUUGCCAUUCCGGCGCGCAACGGGCACAGCGGUCCGGACCGGGAAAAACGAUUGCACAAACACGCAACCACGGCAUCCCGGCAUCGUUUCAUACCGAGCGCGAGACACAUACACACGAGACACCCCGGUUCAACAGCAAGAUAGAGAACACAAAGCAAGGAAAACGAACGAGGAAUAAUCCAAUACCGAUCGGUAAUCGGUUGUCCGGCUGUAGAGCGAGUGGAAACGAGCUAGUGGAAAACACAAGAGAGAGGGAGCGAGAGAGAGAGAGAAAAGAAAGUAGAUAAAUUUUCCCAAAAAAAAAAAUAAAAGCUCUCCGUACCACGAGAGCCCACGCGAAACGGACCACCGGGCACAGAAUUGCAGUGAUCAGAGGAUUUCGCUUCACCUGCGUGUUUGGCUGUGCACAUCGUUCACAGUGAGGCGCACACAAUCUCUCACACACACACAAUUUUGCGUAAUUCGGUACACAUACACGCACACAGUUGAAAGGCGCGUGAAACAGCCCCCCCCCUCAAAAUGUCCCGCUCGACGGCAUCCAAUCAGCAGCGACGGCAAAGAUCAAGGUCUACCACACGCUAUGCCGACCUAGAGAAACCCAAGAAGAAAAAGACACUCAGUUCCACGAGUUUAGUUUCGAUACCCAACACCAUAAAGUUAAGCAUGUUAAAUAGCGGUUUGCUGUCACUAGAUAAAGUAAAACUAUCCGCACGAGAUGAAAAGAACCCACUGUCGCAGACGAUGCCCGACAAACCGACCGAACUGCGACACUUUGCGAAGCUGUGCGAGCAGCGGCGCAAGUUUCCGAUACUGUACAAGCUCGAAUUCCAGACGGCUGUGAAGGUUGAAACCAACUCGUGCAAGCACGCCCUGCGCAAAGCCAAUGCACUCAAGAACCAGAACCCCAAAUGCAUUCCAUACGAUUACAAUAGGGUUGUAUUAGACAAGUACGACAACACACCGGACUCGGACUACAUCAAUGCGUCGUACGUGGAUAGUUUACUUAAGCCAAACGCGUAUAUCGUAACGCAGGGACCAACGGAGGACACGGUGCUAGAUUUUUGGAGGAUGGUUUGGCAAGAGAACUGUAGCGCUAUUGUGAUGCUAACGAAGACGUUCGACUUUACUAAGGUUAUGUGUGUUCAGUACUGGCCACCGAACAAAGAGAAGGAGGAAAUCUAUGGCGACAUGCACAUCACGAUACAGUCCGAGGAAGAGCUAGCCAAUUUUCACAUAAGAACGUUUAGGCUGUUUAAACUCAAUAAAGAUAACGUAGUUGCCGAGGAGCGAUUUUUACUACAGUUUCACUACACCGAAUGGCAUUCACAUACCUGCCCUUUUUCCAAUGCAAUUCUCGAGUUCCGCCGGCGGGUGCGGGCCGUCGUGGGGACAAUCAUCAAAGCGAACAGCAGGAUUGGUCCGAUGCUGGUACACUGCAAUGACGGUGGUGGCCGAUCGGGCGUAUACCUAGCCAUCGACGCGAACAUGGAGCUGGCCGAGGAGGAAGACUCGUUUCACGUGUUCGGCUACCUGAAGAAGCUACGCCAGUCGCGGAAAGGCCUUAUAGAAAACGUGGACCAAUACAAAUUCGUAUACGACACGCUGGAGGAGUUCAUUAUCUGCGGCAAUUCGUGGUUUCCGGUGAAGGAGCUGUCGCAGCGAUUGAAGGAGAAAAGCCUCAAGGAUCCGCUUACCAAGAUGAACUCGUACCAGCGCGAGUACGCCCAGAUCUGCAAGCAGACGCCCCGGUUCACCAUCGGCGACUGUGCCGGUGGCCAUCGGGGUGACAAUCGGGAAAAGAACCGCGACGUCCUUUGCGUGCCACCUGACAACUUCCGUCCUUACCUUAGCUCGUUUCAGGGAAAUUCAUUUACCGACUACAUUAACGCCGUGUUCGUUGACGGCUACACGAAACCGCGCGAGUACAUCGUCACGGAAUGGCCCCUCCAGAAGACGUGCGGUGAAUUCUGGUCCCUCGUUUACGAUCACGAAUGUGCUGCCGUCGUCGUGCUCUGCCAACCGCCACACAACUCGCAACAAUAUCCCGCCUUCUGGCCCGAGGGUCGCCACUCGAAAAAGUACGGACCGGUCUUUACCAUCGAUCACAUCUCGCACCAGCACUAUUCCAACAUCAAGUCCUGGAUCUUCCGGAUCAACAAGAAGGUCAUCUCGCUGACCGAGCUGAUGGCGGGCGUUAAAGCGCCACCGAGAACGGUUCAACUCUUCCAGCUAACCUGCUGGCCGAUGGGCCACAAGGUACCAACGUCGACGAACUCGCUGGUCGAGCUGAUGAAUAUGGUCGAACGUUGGAGACAAAAAACGGACUACGGUCCCGUCUGCGUUGUGUCACCUGAUGGCCGCAGCCGUGCCGGUGUGUACUGUGCUGCCAAUGCCUGUAUAGAGCAGGUCAUCCAGCAUGGCGAGGUGGACGUGUUUCAGGCUGUGAAAACUGUGCGAAGGCAUCGACCGCAACUCGUAGAUAACAUGACUGAAUACAAGUACUGCUACGAUCUGGUGCUGCACUACGUGUUGCACUAUUUGAAUAAAGACUUGAAAGAAAAGAAGUGAGAAAGCGAUUUACACGAUGAUCUGUGGUUUAUUGAAUUUGGACGAGGGAAAAGCAUCCCGCUUACGCCCGAGUACUCAAAUUCCGAACUCUCCAAAGAACUAUCGAACGCAGGUCGUGUAAUCGUGGAAAAGAACAUCAGAAAGCUACAGAAGGGAGAGUCCUAC